UUAAAAAUAUUUUAAAUUUUUAUUAAGAUUUUGUUAGAUUUUUUUCAAUAUAUUUUGUUAUAAGUAAAAAUAAAAUUUAAAUUUACAGUUAAAAUUUAUUUAUUAAUAUCUAUAUAUUUUAUAAGAUUUUUUAGAAAUGUUAUAUAUUAAAUAGAUUAAUUUAAAUAAUCAAAUAUAUGUAAUUGAUGAAAUAAACCUAGUAUGAUUUUAUGGUAUUUCUUUUAAUAAAGAAGAUAUAGAAUAUAAUUAUAAAAUUUGAAAAAUUACAUACACUUUUAUUUUAUUUUGUUUUAUGAUAAAGUAUUAUUUAAAGUAAUGUACAAUAGUAUAUAUUAUUAAUUACGAAAUUAAUCAAUGAUAUUAAUUUAAAUAAAAUAUUUUAAAUUUUUAGAAAGUUUUUGUCAGAUUUUUUAUCAACAUUUUGUUAUAACUAAAAAUAAAAUUUAAAUUUACAGUUAAAAUUUAUUUAGUAUUAAUAUAUUUAUAUAUUUAAUAGAUUAAUGUAAAUAAUUAAAUAAAUGUAUUAAUGAAAUGGAUCUAAUAAAGCUAGUAUGACUUUUUUUAUGGUAGAUUAAAAUGGUACUUCUUUUUUAAUAGAGAAUAUGGUUAUUAAUAUUUAUGAUAUUUUUUUAUAUUUUCUUCCUCCGUUCCGAGAGAUGAAAUGUUGCAUAUUAAUAAGAACUUCAACCAAACAACAAAAAAAUAAAGUUUUCAACUGAUAAUUUAACAAGAUUUUUUGUAAUUUUUAAGAAGUUGUAAAUUGUACCAAAAUUGUUUUUGUACCACACAUUUUAUGAUUUAGCACUUUUGUUAAAUCUUGAGAUCUCGUAACAAUUACAAAGAAUUGUUUCAUCUCGUAAGACAUAUAGAUUCCUCAUGUUAUCCUUUGAGAAUAAGUACAGAUGGUUAUUAAUAUUUAUGAUAUUUUUAUAUAUUUUCCUCCUCUGUUCCACUGGUUCCAAGAGAUAAAAUGUUGCAUAUUAAUAAGAACUUCAACCAAACAACAAGAAAAUAAAGUUUUUCUUUGUAUUGGAGAUCGAAGAUUCAACUAUAAGAUAUAUAUAUAUAUAUAUAUUAUUUUUUUGUAAGUUCAUAUAAUAAUCAGUAACAACUAACAAAUUAUAUAAGAUAUAUUUGAUAUAAAUUUCAUAAAAUCUAUACAAAAUAUUUAUUAAAUCUAGUAUUUUCUGUUAAAAAAUUCUCAACUCUUAAAUUUUUUAAAACCAUCAAAAUCCACAUAAAUUCUGCGGCCAAUAACCCUUUUAAAUUGUCAAUUUCCUCUGUGCCAAGAUACAAUAAUAAUUUCCUUUCACUUGGGAUCUACUAUAUUGGAGUUAAAUUCAUGCAUUUUCUCAUUAUUUGAUGGGAAUAUAUAGAGAUUAAUGAUACUCAGAUUUUUAUUGAAACCAUCAAAUCCAGUUAUCAGUUAUAUAAUAAAUUUAAAAUUAGACAGAAAACAUCAAUUAUUAAUUUGACCUUAAGUAACUUAAGCAAGAAAUUAACACAAAAAAAACUUAAUUAUAUGCUUCAUGUGUGUGUUUUCUUUUCCUUAAUAACCAAAUCUCUCUUUUCUUAUUUCAUCAAUCUGUUUCCAUAUAAAAAGAAAAUAUAAUCUCGUCUAGGAAGACAAUCUUUUGGUACAUAUAUUAUUUUUUCUCUUCAUCUUCUGCCGAUUUCUUUGUCUUCUUAUUUUAAUUUCUCAGAGAAUUCUAAGUUAUAGUUUCUCUAGCAACAAUCCAAAGAUUCUGUGAUGAUGGCUGUGGAGAAUAGCUCAGAGAUCAAAAACUGUGCAAUGGCUGAAGAGAAUAAUACUUCAGAGGUCAAAGAGAUUGAUACAAAUCCUAAGGAGAUGAUGAUGUCUGAAGAAGGUUCUGUAAGAAGAGUAAUUGUCAAGGAUGUGGGAAACGUGGAAGAUGUAGCAUUGAAGGAUCAAGAAGAGUGUGUAUCAAAGACUAAAGAAGUGCCUAAGCCACCAAGUGUGAGCUUGAGACGUCAUUCAACUGGAGCGAUAGGUACACUAGGAGGAGGUAAACUGGAGGUUAAGUCCCGUUACCGCGGGAAUCAUCAUGUGCCCUCAACUCAUGAUCUCUGUAAACACGGGAAGGCCCAUGAUCAUCGUGAUGAUGCGGUGAAACCAUGGAAGGUGGUGAGGAGAAGAGCAAGUGUUGAAGGCUCGGAGGCGGAUAAAGUUGAGACUACUUCAGGUUUGAGAAGGAUGUCAUUGGGAAGUACCAAACCUGAGAGUUCUGCGGUUGCAAAGAGAGAUGCAUUGGCUGUGAAGAAAAAAACAUGUGCUUCUGUGAACUCAGAAACAUCUAGCGUUAAAGGAGGUAGCGAGAUGGCGAGAUCUGUUGAUGGUUUAAGCGUUAGAAGCAAUGAUAAACCUCGGAAGCAGAACAAGGGAACCGAGAGUACUGUGACUGGUGGUGGUUCAUCUGUUGUUAAAAAGGUUGCUGGCUUAGGAAGUGAGAAGUCAAGUUGUAAGGUUUAUACUCCAAAGAAUAAAGAGAAGGCAAAGACUCAGACAAUAAGUGGUGAAGAUGUAAAAGAGAAGACUGUGUGUGUUGUCGAAGCUAGCGUCAAAGGUGUUCAGAGCGAGAAGAAAAACAUGAGAAGUAGACUAAAAAUCUUGGCUACUCCUACUAAACGUGGUUCCGCAUAUCAUACCUCUUUGACUAAGAGGAAAGUAAGUGGUGAUGCAGACCUUUUAGCAAAGAAGAUUAGGCCUACUAAGAAGACAGGUGUAAAGGUUACUCUAGGGAAGCAGCUGAGUUUCAAUAAAGGGAAGACUCUUGAACCAAAACUACUUGAGGAGCAAGAAACCCAAAGCGAAGGAAGGAAGAAGAAUCUGAAAGGUAUUGUUGGUGAGACUAAAAGCGUUUCUUGUGAAGGAAGUAAACGUGAGAAGGUUGUUCUGAGGCGUAGAAUGGUAGAAGGGAAGAAGAAAAGGAUGACACUGUUCAACAGUGUGAUUGAGGAGACAAUGAAUAAGUUGAUAAAGGUGAGGAAAACCACCAAAGUGAAAGCUCUUACUGGUGCUUUUGAAUUUGUAAUCUCUCUUCAGGACACUAAGACACCUCACAGCAAGGACGUGACAUCAGAGUCUAAGGUUUAAUCCUUUUGGUUCCAAACAGUGAAAACAAAACAUACCCAAGCACUUAUGUCUGUGCAUAUUUUUAAUUGGCUUGUUGCUGCUGUUCUUAAAAUUACAAAAUGACUUCUUCUUUUUUUUGUGCAAACAUCAAAAUGACUUAUUAAUGUAUUUUGACAAUAACUGAACUGAACAGGAAGUUGUAAAGCUUUCAAGUUUUAUCUCUACAAGAUUCUUUUACAAUACUCAAAAAUACAUUUUUUUUUUACAAUCAAGAUACAAUGAACGUUCAUGAUCUUAAUAGUAGUACUCAGGUAGGACUAAUCUCUUUUCUCGUGAUUAGAAGAACUUGAGGGCAUGCCUGUAUUUACCUUUGGAGUCUGAUCAGGCUGUUGUCUGUAGAUAGCUGCAGCCAUUUUGUUAUAUAGAUCCAUGUUCAUUGUCUGCAUUAACAUGACCAACAACAGUGAACUCUCAAGUUUUUUUAUUUCUCAAAUCAUUUUUCGAAAAAAAAAACAGUUAAAAAAUAAAGUAUCGGUAACUUAGGGGUAGUGCAAGAGGAUUAGUUCCCUUUUGCCCCGGGUUCAAACCAUCUUAAAGACAGAAAAAAUAUUCUUUAAAUCAGAAUAUCUAAAGACUAACUCCGGAGCCCACAACUUUCACCAUUAACC